CCUAACCUAACAUUUCUUGUUUUGAAUUUGAACCUAACCUAUGUUACUACAAAUUUGUUCGAAUUUUUUUCCAUUUAAAUUACAUUAAUAAAUAUUGAAAUGUCUUUAUCACAAAAACAUGUAGGGAAGGUAUUUGUACCCUGGUUUAAUACAGCGGAAUGGAAACAUGUUUAUAAUAUAUUAUGUUCACAGUCUGAUAAAAAUUAUACUCAAGCAUUAUAUAUUUUUAAAAUAUGGAAAAAUCGCACACCCCUAUUGUCGGCUGGAGUUGAAGGAACAUUAACUUUAUUGGAAGCUCUUUUAACCGAAAAGAAAUCCUUAUCAGAACAUCAAUUGGCUCAAAUUUAUGCCAUAUCCUUAAUGAGGUUUUUAAAUUUGUGUGCAACCAGUAAUGAAAAACAAGGCACUUUUUAUAAAACAGCUUUAAGAAAUGAGCUACCAAAGUGGUUAAUUAAUAUUCGCCAUGAUAUAGCUCACGACCACAAACUACCAUCAGUUUCAAUUCUUGAAUUAGGCUUAAAUCAGUGCUUGGAAUGGAUAAAAAUUAAAUAUUGGCAAGUUCAAAAUAAAAUAAUACGUGACUAUACUGUCACAGAAUCGCUUUGGAAUUCAAAAGUUGUGGAAAUAUUAGACAUAUAUGUAGAGCUAAAUUUAAAAUUAUUCUCAAAAAAUACAGAUAUAUCCGAAUAUGAUGAAGAUAUAAUAGAAAGAAUUGAUAGUAUAAUUUUUAAAGAAGUCCCUCAGCCAACCACUGAUAUAUCAGAUAUUAUUGGUGCAUUAGAAGAAUAUUUAAAUGUAAGUUUCACAAAACCAAUCAGUGAUGGUGACAAAGAACAAGUUUCAAAAAUACUAAUAAAUGGUCUACUUUCUAUAGAAACUGAGACUUCUCCGAAAGGGACUCGUGUUAUUCCAAAAGAUUUUCGAAAUAUUUGGUCCAACCUGUUAAAUAUGCUAAAUGACAAUAAUUUUAUAUCUUUAAUCAUCAACAAACUUAUUGAUGUUACUAAUACCGUCGAACUUGAAAAUGCCAUUAGAGAAACAGCAGCCUUAUGGAUAAGUGAAUUACUACUUGGUUUACGAAAGGCUCAGCUCGUUAGGGAAGAGUUAAAUAGCAUCGAAAAUAACGAUCCAGCACAGUUGGACAAAAUAAGCAUCUCUAAAAUAAAAUCAGACUUAGAAGAAAAAUAUCCACAAUACGAAGACUGUUUGCAGUUCUCUUCCACAAGUAUUUUAUGUGAUGGAAACACAUUUCAGGACAAAAUAGUUGCUACGCCAAAUAGUUAUACGUUACACUUUUUGGAAGAAGUAUUACGAUAUAAUAAAAACUCGGAGAACUAUAUUAGUGACAUAGUCACCUUGGUGAAAAAAAUGUUAUUGCCUCGUGGACCGAAGACGGAUGGAGAAAUAUUUACCGUUGAUGAUUUAGAAAACAUUAAUGUUCUUAAAAAUAGAAAUACUGACAUGGCUGAUUCUGAAGAAACUAUCAUUGUUAACGGAAAUACCAAUGCAACGGAGGUUGAAGGAGCCAGAUGGAAGCCUGUGAAAGAUACAACUAUAUUUAAGGAUUGCCCUUUAGGUGUCUUGCCACAUCAAAGUAGGAUUAAAAAUCCUUUACUGGCAAUUUAAGUAAACACAUAAUUUUUGUACUUUUAGUUGUUA